ACUUGUCGUAUUGCAGCGUCUCUGGUCCUUGGGUUGUUCGUUAGCUUCUGGUUUUCGUCAUUCAGACGACAUUUUUGCAGAGUCAAGUUCCUGGUUCCACGAUGACGUGUAGGUGAUUGCCUCGGAUAAUUAAGCAGUGACGUCAUCAUUUAAGUUUUUAGACGUGUAAAAAGUUGUAAUUAUUUACAAGCAGUUCUGGAUUUCAAAAAGUUGUAAUCCUUUUCAAGAAGUGUCUGAUUUCAAAAUGAUAAGUGUUCAGACAUAUUAACAUUAUUAAGGAGAUAUAGUAAACAUUAAUUGUUUAAAGUUAUUUAUAAUUAUAUUGGAAUUAUAGAUGAGAGACAAUGACGCGUCAGUUAUUAUCCGUCGUUAUUCCUGUUAUUGUGAUAUUAGUAUUGUUUAAUGUUUGCUCAGCUCAAAGAACUCGAGCUCCCAGAGGACAACAAGUAACAAAUGUUGCCGAUGCGUUUGCUAGAUAUAAUGAAGUAUUUUUAGCUGGUGAAAUGAGUACAGCUCAGAGUGCUAGACGACGAUUUGUUUUAGUUCGAGCCACCAGCAACAGACUCAACACGGUGUUUGAAAUAUCUGUAGACUUCAGACAACCACAGGUUGUUUUACGAUUACGAACACAAGACAGUAGAGAAUAUCAACUAACGUUUCCAACUAGAUCGUUACAUCAGGGUACGACCAAAAGAUUCCUGUUACACUUCCAUGAUCUCGAGAUGCCCUCUAAUUCCGUCCGGCUGUUUGUCGACUGUGAAGGGUUGGGGUUAGAUAAAACAGAAAUUCCCAUUAGAAGAUUACUACAAGGCAAUGUUACAGUGAGAAAACAUCCAGAUUUUCAAUUCUACACGAGCUCAUCUUUAGAGGCACAACUGAGGGCCCAGAGAUGUGGACGAGAAUCGUACCGGGUUACCACAACCACGGAAGCACCAAAACUAGAAAUACCCGCCUGGGCAUCAGAGAGAUAUUCACCCCAGAGAAGUAUACCGGAUAUAAGUGGUCAACCUCGUCCUACUGCCCGACCCAGGAUUUCUAUAGUUAAUGAGGAUACAACUGGAACUAUCAAUGGACAAGAUCCGUAUUUAAAAAUGAUUGAAGCGGUCAACGCAUUAACGGGGACCGUGAGAGAACUAAAACAGCAUAUGACGUCACAGGUACAAGAGACGAAAGCAUUACGAGAGGCUAUUGCUAAUUGUGCUAUGUGUAGAGGUGACCGACCCAACAUACGUCGCUGUUCGUCGAACCCAUGUUUUCAGGGGGUGAGAUGCAUUGACACGGAGGAAGGCUUCCGGUGUGGUUCCUGUCCACGUGGUUACCAUGGUGACGGUGUGACAUGUAACCGCUAUACCACCUGUAGUGAUAGACCCUGUUAUCCAGGUGUUCGAUGUGUUGAUACUGGAAGAGGUUUCCGGUGUGGCGCGUGUCCAGCCGGAUUUACUGGUGACGGUACUAGAGGGGGGUGUACACCUUUUAGACAAACCUGUACAUCAAGACCCUGUUUCCCGGGAGUUCGAUGUGAGGAUGUUCCUGAAGGAUUCCGCUGUGGUCCCUGUCCAACCGGUUACAGUGGAAAUGGAACCCACUGUGAAGAUGUCGAUGAGUGUCGAUAUAGUCGACCAUGUGAUGCUCUAGCUACCUGUGAGAAUUUAUCACCUGGUUUUACCUGUACGUCCUGUCCACCUGGGUAUACCAGCCCACCUGUACAAGGUGUUGGUUUAGAGAGCGCUAAAACACAAAAACAGAUCUGUGAAGAUAUCAAUGAAUGUAAUGAUGGUAGAAAUGGUGGAUGUGUUGUUAAUUCUCGCUGUGUCAAUACACCAGGAUCCUAUAGAUGCGGUAAUUGUAUUAAGGGUUUUACCGGGAAUCAGACAGUUGGGUGUACCCCAGCCGGUAUCCUGUGUCCCGAUGGUGUUACCAGAUGUUCUGAAAAUGCUAAAUGUAUAAGAAGACGAGGAUUUGAUGGAUACGUCUGUCAGUGUAAUGUAGGGUAUGCUGGUGAUGGUAAGAAGUGUUUUAAAGACACAGAUUUAGAUGGUAUACCAGAUGAAGCUUUACCCUGUAACGACAGACGCUGUAAGAAGGAUAAUUGUGUUACUGUACCAAAUAGUGGCCAAGAAGAUGCUGAUGGCGAUAUGAUUGGUGAUGCUUGUGAUGAUGACAUGGAUAAUGACGGUAUCGUCAAUAACCCCGAUAACUGUCCAUUGGUAGCUAAUCCUGAUCAAAUAGAUUCUGAACCAGGUGAACCUGAUAAACGUGGCGAUGCUUGUGAUAAUUGUCCUACAGUUCCUAAUGCUGAUCAAUCAGACACGGACACAGAUGGUCUGGGCGAUAAUUGUGAUCCAGAUAUAGAUAAUGAUGGAAUAUUAAAUGGUAAUGAUAAUUGUUUUAUUUGUACAGGAAUAUUAAAUGUUUGA